GGUUCUUCAAUUAUUCAACUGUGGAUUGUCAUUGAAAACGACUAUCCACCGGCUCCAAUUCUCACUGCUAAACUUCAAAUUGUAAAAACAUUGGACGCAUAUUGGAAAGAUGUCUAUGUGAGGCCAUAUGUUCGUUGUGGUCCGUUCAUUGUUGGCGUGACCGUUGGAUUCCUUCUGAACUAUCUGACACAAAAUCAAAAAGACACCGUCGUUAAAAUUCCAAAGAAAUGGGUCCUUCUUGGUUGGACGUUGCUCAACAGUGCUAGGCCUGUACUCUGUAUUCGGCUUGUACGAUUAUGCCCGUACAGGCGAUAUCUCAGAGUUUUGGAGAGCGCUAUACGUGGUCGCCGGCCGACAUGCUUAUGCUCUAGCGCUUGGCUGGGUCCAGUAGGUGCCUUUCUUGGGUGGAAGUUCUUCAUGCCGUUGUCGAAGAUCACCUUCUGUGCUUAUCUUCUUCAUCCAAUAAUGCUACAGAUCUACAAUUUCAGCCGUCCACAACCGUUUCACUUCACCACUGGCUUCCAAAUGCUUAAACACGCACUCGAGGCGAUUUUCGUUUCGUAUUUGAUAGCGUUCUUCUUUGCGUUAGCGUUCGAAAAGCCGUUCAACGCUUUCGACGAGAUGCUGAUUCCAGUCAAGACAAGAACGUCGACGAGGCGGAAAUCUAUUGAACUGGAUGUUCCCAAUGGUGAAGCACAGCCCCUCAAAAGU